AUGACUACGCCUGCUGUCAAGCCGGGGAGGCUCUCGGGCAGGGUUGCAACCGUCACUGGUACCUCAUCUGGGCUCGGUGCUGCAAUAUCUGAAGCAUUCGCAAGGGAAGGUGCAACGAUCUUCUGCAUCGACCUGUAUCCGUCACCACGCAACGCUAUCAAUCCUGCGACACUAAAAGCCGACGACUUCAACAACCGCAUCAAAGGCCAAGGCACCCACGAACGGAUACGGCAAGCUCUCGGCGAAGCAUACUUCCACAAAGCGGAUGUGACCAAAGCUCGGGACAUCGACUUCGCCAUACGUGCAUGUGUUCAACGCUACAAGCGCGUCGAUAUUCUCGUCAACUGUGCUGGCAUCUCCGUUGAAAGUACCCAUAUCCGGGCACUGCGAGCUCACGAGACGUCCGAGGAGGACUUCGACAAGACCAUGGCCAUUAAUACGAAGGGAACUUUCCUAGCCUGCAAGUACGCCCUCAAGCAAAUGCUUGAGCAGGAACAGUUGUACGGCAGUCGCGGCUGGAUCAUCAACACAGCCUCUAUACAAGGCAUGGUCCCGUACUAUGGCACACCUUCCUACUGUGCUUCGAAAGGCGCAGUGGUUAUGCUCACCAAGCAGAUCGCUUUGGAUUACGCUAAGGAUCAGAUCCACGCAAACGCUCUUUGCCCUGGCUUUCUGGAAACGAGCAUGACACAGAAUUUGCAGGGCGAACCAGAAACGAAACGGGAGAUUGAGCUGAAGCAUCCUUUUGGCGAGCGACUGGGCGAUGCGAGAGAUGUCGCCAAGACAGCGGUAUUCCUGGCAAGCGAUGACGCUGCGUGGGUUACCGGUACCAAUAUGGUCGUUGAUGGGGGUUAUAUGUUGCGGUAA